AUGUCCACCGACAACACUGAGUCCCUUGACCCUUCCGCAGGCGCGGAUGAUCCGGGGUUUGAGGACGCCUUCCGGCAACUGGCCGAGAUCGCCGAGCGGCUCGAGGCCGGGGGAUUGACGCUGGCUGAGGCAACCGCCCGAUACGAGCAGGGCAUGAAGCUUGUGCAGCGAUGCAAUCAGUUGCUGGACUCGGCGGAACUUGAGAUCACCACCCUGCGGGACAACUACCAGCGAGCGGUUUUGCCUGCGACUCUGUCCGGUGCGGAAGAACCACCUUUCUUUGAUGAAGCGCCGUACGAUGACGUCGGUGACGAAGAGGAAUCACUUCCCUUCUAG